GCUGGCGAUGACUCAGGCCUGGCCCUGACGUCACCCACGCCCGGCCACUGGCCUCCCUCUGAAGCCAGGAAACUAGUUGGGGAGUGGCACUCGCAGCUGCAGCAAAUCUCAAAAUAAAGAGGCAACGGCCUUUCUCUUCCUCUCCAUCUCCCUAUAGCACACCUUUUAUUUCUUUUCUUCUUUUUUUUAAGCCUCACGAAAGAUUUUACUUGUAGAUCAACUUUCAAAAUGUAGGAAGUCAGAAUGGGUGACAUCAUCAGAAAAAUAUGCGGAGCUGAUCACAAGAAGUGAAGAACCCAGAGCACGAAAGCGGUUGUGACUCCUGGGCCUAGGGAGUUGACAGCGUCUGGGCUUCAGAGGAGCCAGCGCCUCCGAGUUGUCUUGAAGUGAGGCUCUGCUGUAGUCCUGUUCUUCUGGCUCUAAGAUCUGAAUGUUGUGACCACUAAUUUGCUCUUUCCUGGAGGGUAACCCCAGUUUGGUCCACAAGGCUUGCUGCCCAAUCCUUGCCAACAGUUGAACCAAGACUCUGAGGCUGAUAUGCAAUGUCACUUACAACAUUAAUCAGAUACUGCAUUUAAGGUUCACAGUGUCUUCACCUGGAAUAGAUUCCACCUCAAGAAACCAGUUUCUUUGCUCAUCCAUAAGAAGCAACUCCUCAUCUGAUCAAGUUUUAUAAUAAGAUUGCAGAAAUUCAGUCCCAUCUUUAGGCUCCACUUCUAGUUCUUAUGCUAUUUCCACCACAUCUGCAGUUACUUCCUCCACUGAAGUCUUGAAUCUCUCAAAGUCAUCCAUGAGGGUUGGAACCAACAUCUUCCAAACUCCUGAUCUUGAUGUGGAAGAAAUGGAGGACUCAGAACCAAGGAUUUCCAAGUGAUUUCUUCCAAAGCACAGGAAUCUCACUCUGUUAAAGCUGGUCUGUUCUAACUGAGACGGAGUUUCGCUCUUGUUGCCCAGGCUGGAGUACAAUGGCGCAAUCUUGGCUCACCACAACCUCCGCCUCCCGGGUUCAAGCAGUUCUCCUCUCUCAGCCUCCCGAGUAGCUGGGAUUACAGAUGACAGUCAUGUCCCUUUCCAGGGACCUCAAGGACGACUUUCACAGUGACACGGUACUCUCCAUCUUAAAUGAGCAGCGCAUUCGGGGCAUUUUAUGCGAUGUCACUAUCAUUGUGGAAGAUACCAAAUUUAAAGCCCACAGCAAUGUUCUGGCAGCUUCAAGCCUGUAUUUUAAAAAUAUCUUUUGGAGCCAUACAAUCUGUAUUUCCAGCCACGUCCUGGAGCUGGACGAUCUCAAAGCUGAAGUGUUUACUGAAAUACUUAAUUAUAUCUACAGUUCCACAGUCGUUGUCAAGAGACAGGAAACAGUCACUGAUCUCGCAGCUGCAGGAAAAAAGCUGGGAAUAUCGUUCUUGGAAGACCUUACUGAUCGCAACUUCUCAAAUUCCCCGGGUCCUUAUGUAUUCUGUAUUACUGAAAAGGGAGUGGUUAAAGAAGAAAAAAAUGAAAAAAGGCAUGAAGAACCAGCCAUCACUAAUGGGCCAAGGAUCACAAAUGCAUUUUCCAUCAUCGAAACAGAAAAUAGUAAUAACAUGUUUUCCCCGCUGGACUUGAGGGCAAGUUUCAAAAAGGUCUCCGACUCCAUGAGAACAGCUAGCCUUUGCCUGGAGAGGACGGACGUCUGCCACGAGGCAGAGCCUGUCCGCACGCUCGCCGAGCACUCAUACGCUGUUUCUUCCGUAGCUGAGGCUUACAGAAGUCAGCCUGUACGUGAACAUGAUGGCAGUUCACCUGGUAACACAGGGAAAGAAAAUUGUGAAGCCCUUGCAGCGAAACCGAAAACAUGCCGGAAGCCAAAGACAUUCUCCAUACCACAGGAUUCUGAUUCAGCCACAGAAAAUAUACCACCCCCUCCAGUAUCCAACUUAGAGGUUAAUCAAGAAAGAAGUCCACAGCCAGCUGCUGUUCUCACUCGUUCAAAAUCUCCAAACAAUGAAGGAGAUGUCCAUUUUUCCAGGGAAGAUGAAAAUCAAUCUUCUGAUGUUCCCGGGCCACCGGCAGCAGAGGUUCCACCUCUGGUGUACAAUUGUAGCUGCUGUUCCAAAGCCUUUGACAGCAGCACUCUGCUCAGUGCCCACAUGCAGCUUCACAAGCCAACCCAGGAGCCUUUAGUGUGCAAGUAUUGCAACAAACAAUUCACCACCCUGAACAGGUUGGAUCGGCAUGAACAGAUCUGCAUGAGGUCAAGCCACAUGCCCAUUCCUGGAGGAAACCAACGCUUUUUAGAAAACUAUCCUACCAUCGGACAAAAUGGAGGUUCAUUCACAGGUCCAGAACCUUUAUUAUCUGAAAAUAGGAUUGGUGAAUUUUCCAGUACCGGAAGUACUUUGCCAGACACGGACCACAUGGUUAAAUUUGUUAAUGGGCAAAUGCUCUACAGUUGCGUUGUGUGCAAACGUAGUUAUGUGACCUUAUCUAGCCUCCGAAGACAUGCAAAUGUUCACUCCUGGAGAAGAACAUAUCCUUGCCAUUACUGCAACAAAGUAUUUGCAUUGGCUGAGUACAGGACAAGGCAUGAAAUUUGGCAUACGGGAGAAAGACGAUAUCAGUGCAUUUUCUGUCUUGAAACUUUCAUGACCUACUAUAUACUCAAAAAUCAUCAGAAGUCUUUCCAUGCCAUCGAUCAUAGACUUUCCAUCAGUAAAAAAACAGCAAAUGGAGGCUUGAAGCCUAGCGUCUAUCCGUAUAAACUUUAUAGGCUACUGCCUAUGAAAUGCAAGAGAGCCCCUUAUAAGAGCUACCGAAAUUCUUCCUAUGAAAAUGCACGAGAAAACAGUCAAAUGAAUGAGUCUGCACCUGGUACCUAUGUUGUUCAGAAUCCACACAGCUCUGAAUUACCGACGCUGAAUUUCCAAGAUACUGUAAACACCCUGACCAACAGUCCAGCCAUCCCAUUGGAAACAUCUGCAUGUCAGGACAUACCCACUUCUGCCAAUGUACAAAAUGCAGAGGGUACCAAAUGGGGAGAGGAGGCAUUGAAAAUUGAUCUUGACAAUAACUUUUAUUCAGCUGAGGUGUCAGUUUCUUCCACUGAAAAUGCUGUCAGUUCUGACCUCCGGGCAGGGGAUGUACCUGUUUUAUCUUUGAGUAAUAGCAGUGAGAAUGCCGCCUCUGUGAUCAGCUACAGUGGCUCUGCACCCUCGGUCAUUGUACACAGCAGCCAGUUUUCAUCGGUGAUCAUGCACAGCAAUGCCAUUGCUGCCAUGACCAGCAGCAACCACAGAGCCUUUUCAGACCCAGCUGUCAGUCAGUCCCUGAAAGAUGACAGUAAGCCCGAGCCAGAUAAAGUGGGUAGGUUUGCAAGCAGACCCAAAAGCAUUAAGGAGAAAAAGAAAACUACAUCACAUACCAGGGGAGAAAUACCGGAGGAGUCAAACUAUGUUGCUGAUCCUGGAGGAUCACUGAGCAAAACCACAAAUAUUGCUGAAGAAACCAGCAAAACUGAAACCUACAUUGCAAAACCUGCUCUGCCGGGAACCUCCACAAAUAGUAAUGUUGCACCCCUUUGCCAAAUAACAGUGAAAAUUGGAAACGAAGCCAUUGUGAAAAGGCACAUUCUGGGAUCUAAAUUGUUUUAUAAAAGAGGGAGAAGACCCAAGUAUCAGAUGCAGGAGGAGCCUUUGCCACAGGGGAAUGACCCAGAACCCAGUGGAGACAGCCCACUCGGGCUUUGCCAAUCCGAGUGCAUGGAGAUGAGUGAAGUGUUCGAUGACGCAAGUGACCAGGAUUCCACUGACAAACCGUGGCGCCCUUACUACAACUACAAACCCAAAAAGAAAUCCAGACAGUUGAAAAAAAUGAGGAAAGUCAACUGGAGGAAGGAGCACGGAAACAGGAGCCCGAGCCAUAAAUGUAAAUACCCAGCAGAACUGGAUUGCGCCGUGGGGAAGGCUCCUCAGGAUAAACCCUUUGAGGAAGAAGAAACUAAAGAGAUGCCCAAGCUGCAGUGUGAACUCUGUGAUGGAGACAAAGCAGUGGGGGCUGGAAACCAAGGAAGGCCCCACCGACAUCUUACUUCUCGGCCGUAUGCCUGCGAGCUCUGCGCCAAGCAGUUCCAGAGCCCUUCCACACUCAAAAUGCACAUGAGAUGUCACACCGGGGAGAAGCCAUACCAGUGCAAGACCUGCGGACGGUGCUUUUCAGUGCAAGGAAACUUACAGAAACACGAACGCAUCCACCUGGGCUUGAAGGAGUUCGUCUGUCAGUAUUGCAACAAGGCAUUCACCUUGAAUGAGACCCUCAAAAUCCAUGAAAGAAUCCAUACUGGAGAAAAGCGUUACCACUGUCAGUUCUGCUUUCAGAGAUUUUUGUAUCUCUCCACCAAAAGGAAUCACGAGCAGAGGCAUAUUCGGGAGCAUAAUGGGAAGGGCUAUGCCUGCUUCCAGUGCCCCAAAAUUUGCAAAACAGCUGCUGCCCUUGGAAUGCACCAAAAGAAACACUUAUUCAAAAGCCCAAGUCAGCAGGAGAAAAUAGGUGACAUGUGCCACGAAAACUCAAAUCCCUUGGAGAAUCAACAUUUCAUUGGUUCAGAAGACAAUGACCAAAAGGAUAACAUACAAACCGGUGUGGAAAAUGUUGUCCUUUGAGUGGCAAGAAUUAGAAAAAUCUUCAAAAAUAUAGUUGGUGGUUUUUUUUAGUUAUGAUUUAAGUUUAGUUUAAUUUUGUCCACGUGACAGUCAUGAAGGAGUGAAAUUAAAAAAAAAAAACAACUCAUUUGUGAAAAUUCCAGAAAAAGGAUCCUAAUAUCUACUUUGGGUUUUAGCAUUAACUUUAUGCAAAGUGCACAAAAACAAUAGAGCUGACUCCUCCAAUAUCCCAAGUUUCUUGUGAAAGUUAAUAAAAUUCUUAGCUGUGGUAUUUCUACCAGUGAAAAAAGGAGUUAAUUUUAGCCUAGUUUAAAACUUUCUAAUAAUUGCUAAUAAGAACUGGCUGCUGAACUGUCUUUAGUCACUGGAGAAAAUAAGGGUCAGAUAUCCUGAAGAUGGCAUCUUCGUAAAUAUGUUACGUGGUAAUGAGCUGUGUGACGGUCUUUAUUCCCAUCUGGCUUCUGCACUAUUAAAAUUUGUUUAAAUUAAUGGAUACACAUGAAAUACUUAAACAAUAUAACUGAAAUUAUGUGCAUAAUGAGUAACCUAAAGUAGGACAUUCAUACAUUAUGUAGAACUACUUUUCUGCAACACAAACCUUGUAAAAUACAUAUAUAAAUCACUAUAACUUUUAACUGUCCAUAUCCCCUGUAGAGAAUUAUGAGGAGCAAUAGAUCUGCAAAUAAUGAGGACUGAUGUAAAAAUCAAUAGAAAGCAUUUUGAAUAUGAUUUAAGAGCAUGUGAAUGCUUUUAGAUGGAAUGCUGUUCCCUUGAAGUUAUGGCUGAGCUGUUCUUAGAACUGGUCUACUCAAUUCACAGAAAACAUAGGUCAUGCCUUAUCUAUGGGGGAACACCCUCCCAGAAUUUACCUGUGAUUACCUGUGCUGCAUAUUACUUUGCAAUGGCCUCAUCUCAGAGAAUGAAAGAGGGUCACAUUCUUCUGAAACUCUCUGCAGUCUUCCAACCACCACAAGGCCAUGGAUGUGGGGGUCUAUUCCAGACAGACUUAAGGGUUCAAGUGGAACCUGCCAUCUCCCAUUCCACUAAAGGACUGUCCAAGAGAUUUAGUGCAAGGUACACUGCAGUAGUGAAUUCCCAGGCACUUGAAAGUGACUGCCUAAUCCCUACAAUUACUAGCCUUGUUGGAGAUUAUGCAGCCCACAAGUACAGACUAGUAUAAAGCAAAAGGACAAAGGAACCCCCACCCUCCACCCCACCCAUUAACGACUUGAGUGGGCAAGAAGAAGUGAUGGCCUUCCUUGCCUAAAACAGUAGCUUUGUUUUUAGGGGAUGGGAAGGUAGGAUGUGGAGUGACAUGGUUCUAUCCUUUACUUGUGAGACUCAGAAAUAUAUCUACAAAGCCAGAUGCUCUGUCUUCAUAUUUGCAGACAUCUAGACCCCUUGCUAAAAACCCACUGAAGUUUUUUUUUUAUGUUCUUUGACCCACACCAUCAACAUUACCCUCAAAUCUAAUUGCCCUACAGCAUAUUCUAUCAUGUGGACUAGGUUCCUGGAAAGCUGGAACUCAUGAUUCUUUUUCAAACUGCCAGAAUAGAAGGGAGAGAGAAAACAUUUCUACCCUUUGAUCACCAGUGUGAACAGAAUCCGGAAUGCAGUUUCAGCGUGACCUGCAGUCAUUCAUGUUCAUUGGAUUUGACAGAUGGAAACCCAAGUUUAUCGAAGAUUGGAAGGUUAUCAUUGUGAAGAAGUAGCUCAAAGGACUCCGGUUUCUGUCUACAAGUGUGAUGUCUCCAUGAAGAAGACUUAGUAUGGAUUUGGGUGGGUAAGAAAGCAUUUAAAUGCCCAGGAAAGGACAUGAUUAAAGUUGACCGUUUAAUACUGUAGUACCUUGCUGUUAAGUAACCCCACUAUUGUAUCUGCAUUUAUCUUUUGUUCAUCUACUUUCACUUACAUACAGUAUUAUAUAAGUAGAGAAAAAUGGGAAAAUGCAAGCAAAUUCAACUUUAUUUUAUACAUUGUAGAUAUGUACACCCUACACUAUUCAUUUGGGUUUUGUUAAAGAGAUAGUCACAAAGGGCUUAUGAAAAUCAUUUUUGAAUUGAUAAUUAGAAUAUUGAAUAAGCAAUCCUAUGAUCCACUAAUUUGUUUUAUCAGUUAAUAAUAUUAAUCAAAGACAUUUACUGUAUAUUCUAGUCAUUUUGAUUUGAGUUAACCCCAAAUAUAAAAUUACCUGUAGUGAUGUCUCUCUCCCAGCCCUUAUAUGUGGAUAUUUUUUAAGUGGACUUGUAUGCUGAUAAUUCUAGACCAAAGUAAAUAUGGCAGAAUAUUUAUACAUGAAAAAAUAAUUUUGCAAAUAUUUUCUAUAAUUGUAUUCAUUUAAAAUGUUGAUAGCUUGUGUUAGUUUCAGGGAGGGGUGUAUAUUUUGAUAAAAAAAUACUUGACUUUGUAAUUCUGUAUAUUCUAUACAAUUUAUAGCAGAGCCGUUUUAAGACAGCCUUGUCACAUUUUUUUGUUAAUUGUGAAAAUUCUAUUGAGUGAUGUUUAAGUAUGCAUUGAGUACAUGACCAACUAGAAUUAAAGUAAGUGUAAACAGUGAACAUACUGUAUGCUGUACAAGAUAUAAUGUAACUUGCUGUUUUAGCAUCUGUAUUUUGGUUAGAAGAUAUUAUUAAAUGCAGAUGUUAAGGAUUGGAAAAGUCUAAUUUUAUUUUUAGAAAUAAUGGAUAUAAAUUUGUUUUUGCUUGAUUAAAAUAGCUUAUUCCUACAUUAAGUCUCUUUUUAAAUGUUUUCAUGUUAUUUCUUUUGUGCAGCUAUUUCAUCUGUGUGAGUCACAGCUUUGUUUCCACGUAUUAUUCAGUUUAUUUCUGUUUCCUUACUUGUUUACAUUCCGUGGUACCUACUUACAUGCUUAGGAGUCAAAUGGAUUAUGACAUUAGGAAAAAAGCAGAAUAAAAGAGAUUGAAGUCUUCUGAUGA